CCUAAUCUUCACAAUUUCUCUGAUUAGGGUUUUGUUCUUGGCCUUCGCCGUCGCUUCCACAGAGUGAGAGAGAGAGAGAGGGAGAUAUUCGACUUUAGGAAGAGAUGAAGACAAUUCUGUCGUCGGAAACCAUGGACAUCCCUGAGGGGGUGAAAAUCAAAGUGAACGCGAAGAUCAUAGAGGUUGAAGGCCCUCGCGGGAAACUCACUCGCAAUUUCAAGCACUUGAAUCUGGAUUUCCAGCUGAUUACGGAAGAGUCUACCGGAAAGAAGAAACUGAAGAUUGAUGCCUGGUUUGGAUCGAGGAAGACAUCUGCUGCCAUCCGCACGGCCCUUAGCCAUGUCGAAAACCUCAUCACUGGCGUCACCAAGGGAUACCGUUACAAGAUGCGCUUUGUUUAUGCUCACUUUCCGAUCAACGCCAGCAUCACCAACGCCAACAAGUCAAUCGAGAUCCGAAACUUUCUUGGCGAGAAAAAGGUGCGAAAAGUAGAGAUGCUUGAUGGAGUAUCUAUUGUCCGAUCUGAGAAGGUUAAAGAUGAGUUAGUCUUGGAUGGUAAUGAUAUUGAGCUUGUAUCUCGGUCUGCCGCCUUGAUAAACCAGAAAUGCCAUGUGAAGAACAAAGAUAUCCGGAAGUUCCUCGAUGGUAUUUAUGUCAGCGAAAAGGGAACUGUUGUGGAAGAGGAGUGAUGAUCGAGUUGUUCUGUUUGACCAUGUUAUAUUUGACCUCGGCUUUGGGUAAUAGUUUCUUCUUAUAUAUUUAUAUUUGAUUCGACAAAUUCAUGAAAGCUGGUUUUUGAAGGGGGGAAAAAAAUAUCGUAGACAAAUCCAUGAGCUUUUAGUUGGACGCUGAUGUAAUGGUUGAUGGAUUAAAUGCCAGUUUCAAUUGUCUUGUUGGUUUUGGAAGUUUUUUGUUUCUUGAAGGACCUUAUUUUGUUCCUCUCUUUAGGGGAGAAUGCUGCCCAUGUUUCAAUUUAUAGUUAGUGUGGUUAAGCAAAUUCUUGAUUGUGGA